AGAAAUGGGCUGUACAAGGAGUGUUCCUUCUCAAUGCCUACGCUCACUGUGGAGGCACACACUCCUAACUCACAUAAAGGCUAUGGCUGGCAGAAGCUGACUGACCAGGUCAUCAAGAUCAUCAGUGAUCAGUGCCCAUUUGUCGUUUUCAUCCUCUGGGGAAACUUUGCUCAGAAAAAGGGCAAACUAAUUGAUGAUAAGAAGCACGCAAUCAUUAACAAUGCUCACCCCUCCCCACUAAGUUUUACCAGGUUCGCAGGCUGUAAGUGUUUCUCUGCCACUAAUGAUGCUCUGCAGAAGAAAGGGUUCUCUCCCAUAAACUGGUCGCUGGAGUAACAGGAGCUGUAGCAGCUGGGUCAUGAAGUCACAUGACCUGUAGUAUUUCAGGGCUCCCACAGGUCAGGGAAAAGUCAGGGAAAUUGGGCAUUUCUAUGAAAGUCAGGGAAAAGUCAGGGAAUUUUGAUAUGUUUUCAAAAGUC